AUGAAUGCUAUUUAUAAAUAUAUGGAAAGUCAGAAUAAACCCGUAGCUGAAGAAUCAAAAGAAAUUGCCCAAGAAACAGAAACUAAAGCUCAAGAAGACCAAGGACCUCAAAAGUCAGGCUUGGUUUGGUCUUCAAUGAAUGGAGAAUUAAUCAUUUCCAAUUGCGAUUUUACAGGUGCAAUCCUCAGUCCUGAAAAUAAGAAGCUCAUAGAUUACCUACAAAGCCUUAACUAA